CCCACGCUCUCGCUCACGCUCAGGGCAAGCGCUCACAACCAGUCCUCGACAAGCUUCGCCGUCGCACAUGACGUCCGCACUCGCACAUCAUCUCCCCACCACCGUGACCGACCCAGACCCCGGCUGCAAGUCAUCCAUCAUCGAUCGCGUGGUACCCACUUCUACCUCGACGAUAGAGCCCAAGCACCGCGCCUCGUCUCGUCUCGUCUCGCCCUGCGCAUUGGCACCUGACCGGACCUGCCCGCGCGGGCUGCUGAGUUGACAAGCGCACCCUGCACUCGCCACUUGUUCCUGGCCGUCUGUAUUCCUGGAGCGUGAACGUGAGGGUGAGAGUGAGCGUGAAGCAGCAUGUACGCGACGUCCGCACAGCUUGACUAAUACCAGCCUCACGUCUUGCACACACAUCUCGCACGCCUGCAUCUUGCACACUCGCAUCUCGCACGCACACGUCUUGCACACGCGAGCAGCCCACCCUUGAUCCCAGCAAAUGACGGCGCAAAUCUUAUCGAUGCAUGCAGCGCACGCGUCGGACCUGGGGAAGCUGCAGACGCAGUUCCCCGACAAGAUGGACACGACAGAGCCGCCCACGCCCGCCUCGCCCGACAGCGGGGAGCUGCGAGGCCGCCGCCGCGAGAGAGACGACGACGACGACGACGGCGACGGGGCGGAUGGCGAGGCGACGGGCGGCUCGCGGAAGAGGAGGAGGAGCCGGAAGGGGCUGGACAAGAAGUUCGAGUGUCCGCACGAGGGCUGCGGGAAGAGCUACUCGAGGGCCGAGCAUCUGUACAGACACCAGCUGAACCACAACCCAAAGCAAAUCUACAACUGCGACUUCCCCGACUGCCACCGCUCCUUUGUCCGCCAGGACCUCUGCGCGCGCCACAAGGAGAGACACACGGCCCGCGGCUCGCAAUUGCUGCGCAAGGACACUUUCAACAUGCACAACCUCAACCCCAUCGUGACGGCCGCACUGGGCGGCAAGCCCACCGUGCCCAACAAGCUGGGCAUUCUGAAGAGUCCGGCUGCCCAGCAUGGCCUGCACACGCUCGCCUCAGCCAUCCCCAGUGUCGCUCCGAGCACCCAGAUGUCACCGCCGAAUCUCCACUCUCCCGUCUCCACCCUCUCCAGACAAGACUCGCUGCAACGGCGAGGGAGCGACGAUGCCUACCGUAGUAACUCCGAGGCUAAGCCCUAUGACAUGCAGUCCCAGGCCACUGGGAACUUUGCACCCCCACAGCGGCCGUCCACAAUGGGCAACUACAGUGGAGGUCGGACACCACUUCAACACUCCCCCCACGUAGCCGCCGCUCCCUUCCAGAGGCCUGAGUUGCGCGCGCAGACCUCCACCAUGUCGUCCUCGUACGGCUCCGUGUCGCCCUACAGCACCGCCGUCACCCCUUCGCAGCAGUCGUAUCCUCCUGCCGUCACACCUGCUUCUUAUCAACCCCACACCCAAAACCAAAGCCAAAACAAUUCUGCAAAAUAUCCACAGCAGUCGACCACUCCUACUCCGAGAGACCAUGAGAACCACUUCUACAAUAACACUCCUGGGAAGACCCCAAUGAACGGUGUCGAGUCCACUUCGCAAAUGGACUCGAGAAUGAACAGCGUGACUGAUGCUAUAAUGGAGCAGCAACCUUCCUACGCGGUGCCCAUGUUUGGCGGCGAAGGGUACAGCCGAUCACCAUUCGCAAUGGCCGAUGAUUUUGCUGCUUGGUUGUUCAACGACAACCAGUUCGGUCCGGGUGGGGCCUCGCCGAUGAACUACCCAGCCGGAGCUAAUUCCGCAACCGGCGCUGCAUCUCAGAUCGGACUGCAGGCAGCUUAUUUCAAUUACGACCCGUCUGUUGCAGGUUACCUGAAUAACCCUGCACCGCCUGCGCACCCCAUGGCCGUCCACAGCAUCCUCGAUACCACACUGCCGGAAUCCGUGCUCUCCGAGGAGAAGCGUAAAGAUCUGAUCGAUCUGAUUGUGGGCCGCUUCAAUGAGAUUGACCACGCCCCUGUCGGGAGGCAAAAGGAGGAUAUUCUCGAAGGGAACAAGGACGAUGAUCGACACGUGUUGAGUCUGCAUAUGAUGCAGACGUACAUCAGCUCGUAUUGGGUACAUUUCCACCCCCAGCUGCCCAUCCUCCACAAGCCCACUUUCAACCCUAGUACCUGCCCUGACCUUCUUCUGCUUGCGAUAAUGUGCCUUGGCGCAUGCUGUUUGGAGAAGAAUUACGGGCACGAACUAACACAAGCAUGCUCGUCCUUGUCCAACUUCUUGGCUUGGCCGCUGCGAUGGGAACUUUUCAAGGACGAGGAUUUCCGACCACCGGCUAAGCUUUGGAUUUUCCAAAGCCUCAUCCUGCUUGAGAGUUUCGAGAAGAUGUAUUCCACGCGUCCGUUGCAUGAACGGGCGCACAUCCAUCAUGCGACAACGUUGACGCUGAUGCGACGAGGCAGCUCGUUGAUUGGGCGGUCGGCUUUGGAUUCACCACCAAGCAUGAAGGAUGGAAAGAGCAGCUCAAUGGGCGGGAUAAACUCGCCUGACGAAUGGUGGAACCACUGGAUCACGAACGAAGCUACGCGGAGAGCAGCAUUCGCGGCAUUCGUCAUGGAUAGCAUCCACGCGACUAUGUUCGGCCACAGCGCGGUAAUGGUCGCGCACGAGAUGCGCCUCCCCUUACCCUGCGACGAAGCGUUGUGGUCGGCAACAAGCAGCUCAGAAGUAGGCCGUGUAGAAGCGAGUCUGCACUCCAAUGGCGUCAAGCAGAUGACCUUCUUAGACGGCUUGAAGAAGACACUCAACGGACAAAGCGUCCGAACAAACUCCUUCGGUCGCACCAUCCUCAUGGCAGGCCUGCUGAGCGUCUCGUGGCACAUGAACCAGCGCGACCUGCAAGUCAGCUCCCUUGGUGUGACUCAAGCUCUGGGCGGCCGUGACAAAUGGCGCGGUUCUCUUACCCGGGCCUUUGAUUUCUGGAAGCAGGAUUUCGACUCGUCGCUCGCGCGUCCAAACGACCUCGCUGCGCCAAACGCCUAUGCAUACUCGAACGGGCUCGACGACGAGAACGUCUUCGAGUCACGAACCGUGCUGCACCACCUCGCACACAUGGCCAUGCACGUCGACAUAGUCGACUGCCAGAUCUACGCCGGCGCAAACCGCCUACUGGGCAGAAGCAUCACAUCGCAAGACUACAACGGCGCGCAGCGACGCAUGAAAGAAGUGUGGGCGCCAACAGCCCGCGCGCGCGACGCAACAUUCUACGCCCUGCGCUUCCUGUCCAACGUCAUGGUUGCCGGAGACCACAGCCUCCCCUCGCCUUCCAACUCAAACGAGCCCGUCUCGUACUCGGCCCGUGACGACGUCCUGCUCAACCGCCCCUGGGUUCUGUACUUCGCUACCCUCAUCGUGUGGUCGUAUGGCUUUGCGCUCGACGGGCCUAUCAAGCAGCCGUAUAAUCUGGGUUCGUACGAAGAUAAAGCUCGCGACAUGAUGCUUUAUCUUAAACGCGUUGGCGGUGUCAGGGCGCCGGAUGAUCUGAGCAAAAUGGCUAAUCGCAAUGCGUGUCUCGGCUUGCUGAUCAUGAUGCGCGAUAUGUUCCGCAAGACGAGGUGGGAGUUGCUGCACGAGGCGAGCGGGCUGCUGACGAAAUGCAUCGAAAUGCUGAUUCCCGGGGCGGGGAGUUGGUGAGCGUUUGUUUUCCGUCCCCUGACAUGUCUGAGCGGAUGGGGCCGCGACUUGGGCUAUGCCGUUUUCUACACCGGUGUCUUGCUGGUAAUGUCGGGGGUUAUCAUGUCCUGUUCUGUUCUAUUCUGUUCCAUUCUGGGCCUGUUGUGGACUGGGUGCUGUGCUUUGACUUUUAGCACGGUGUAGAAGUCUAUUAUGGGAUUGCAUUGCAUUGCAUCGUGGGUAUGUUGCGUGGGGCGGUGGUGUGUGGUGCCUGAAGGAUUGCUUUAUACCCCGGAUUUUGGUGUCUUGGGCUCUUUUCUCCUUGUUCUUCUUCUUUUGAGCAAUUUAAAUGGUUCGAUCUGUUCGUUUUGUAAUAUGAUUACAUGUGUGUAUAUGUAUACAUAGACGGAAGUGUUGUUUGACAUGUUUCGUCACAGGUUGGUAGUCCAUAGGGUAGGCGAUACAA